AUGCCUGCGACCAACAACACAUCCAAAAAAAUUAUCAACAAUUUAUCAUUUAUCACUUCCAACAAAAACCAACCGUUGCUGGUAAUGAAUAAUUAUGUAUACAAAUGUAACAAGAUAUCUGGACAGACAAAGUAUUGGGUAUGUGUUGUGAAAGGUUGUGGAGUGUACGUUCACACUACGUUAAACGACAAAUAUUCUGGUGGUGACACAGACGCUCAUACUCAUGCACCAAAUCCUGAACAAAUUGAAAUGAGAAAAGUUCGCCAAAAGAUAAAAGAACGUGCUUUCAACGAAGUGACGUCGGUUGGGACAAUUUAUGACGAAGAGAUUGCAAAAGCAACCAUGACCCGAUCGGCUUUGGCUAUCUUUCCAACUAACACUGAAAUCUAUCAAGGUAUUGCUAAAGCUCGCCGGAAAGCAUCUCCAACAUUACCACAAUCCUGUUUAUUCACUAUUCCUGACAUAUAUAAAUCAACAAUCGAUGGCAAAUGA